AUGCAACCAGUAGCUACUGAAUCGAAUGAUGGUGUUUUGGAUCAAUUCCGACCGUGGAUCGAUCUUCCCCGCGAUAUCUUAUCGGACAUCGCGGAUCGUUUAACGUUAAUCGAGCUGCUAAGUUUCCGUGGAACCUGCAAAGAUUUCCUAUCUGUUUCAGCUGGCAAAUCGGCUCAAAUCCAAUCUCGGCUUCCUCCAUGGAUACUGACCUUUCACGAAAACGACUGCUCCGAAUGCAUCCUCUACAACGAUCUCCAAUCCAAAACCUACAAGCGGAAGAUUCCGGAACUCGAUGGCGUUUAUUGUCUUGCAUCGUAUCAAGGAUGGCUUCUUCUAUUCAGAGACGGAUUGCUUUUCUUCUUUUGCCCUAUUUCCUUCUCGAAGAUCUCUCUCCCGGAAUUCCCGCACCAUUGCUUUGACGGCCAUGUUGCCUCAUUUUCCGACGUACCCACCUCGCCGAAUUGCAUCGUCGCCGUUAUCAACCGGGCCGAUGUGUCGCAGGUUGAAGUAAACGUGAUUGCGAAAGGGGAAAAGUCGUGGACUCAACACAUGGUACCAAAAUUCAGAGGUAUGAGCACCGCGUUUACUGCGGCAACAUUCAUCGACAAGAAGCAAACGUUUUACUUCAUGGAUAACGCGAACUCGUUACUGUCGUUCUCGCUGAAGGAUAAGAAAUGGAAACCGUACCAAAUCGUGACAGGCAAAUCGAAGGAUAUGGAAACAUUGCCUUAUCGUUAUAUAGAAAACGUGUUUAAAAAAAGCAUCGCUGGUUUGAAAGGCCCGUUGGAGCUUGAAGACGAUGAAGAUAUUGCGGUUUGCGGAUUUACGUAUCAAAAUCAUUCAACAUAUCGUCGGGCUGUGUAUCUAAACGAAUACAUAGAUACCUUAGAUGCUAACAAGCGUGUGCGACGGGUCGUUUGGAUUCAACCACGGUUCUUCAUAGCCGCUCGUAACCACCAUUGGUAG